AUGCCGUCGCGUACGCUCCCUUUCUUCACGCGCGCCGACGUCGAGGCACACAGCUCGGCAAAGUCCUGCUAUGUCACUGUUGGCGACAACGUCUACGAUGUCACAGAUUUCCUCGACGCCCACCCCGGCGGCUCCGACCUCGUUCUCGACUGGGCUGGGAAAGACAUCACGGAAAUCCUCAAGGACCCGGACUCACACGAUCACUCCGAGGCUGCCUAUGAGGUGCUCGAGGAUUCCCUCGUUGGCUUUGUGGCUGGAGACAAGUCAAGGCCGGGCGCGGACGGUUCAAAUGGGGUCAACGGCGAUGCUCACACGAACGGCAACGCCAACGGUAACGGUGCCGCAAAUGGCAAAUGGGUUCACCCGAGGACGGGCAUGUCGACUGAGGAAGACCUGAACAAGGAGACGGACUAUUCGGAAGACUACAAGAAGCACAAAUUCCUCGACCUCAACAAGCCCCUCUUCCCGCAGGUGUGGUUCGGCGGCUUCAGCAAGGAGUUCUAUCUCGACCAGGUCCACCGCCCCCGGCACUACAAAGGCGGACAGUCCGCGCCUUUCUUCGGAAACUUCCUCGAGCCCCUUAGCAAGACGCCUUGGUGGGUUGUCCCGCUGAUCUGGUGGCCUUGCGUGGCCUUCGGCGUCUACUCGGCCGCCCAGGGCUUCGAGCAUUCCUACAACCUGCCUCCCUUCUUCGUACUGGGCUUCUUCAUCUGGUCGCUCAUUGAGUAUCUGCUUCACCGUUUCCUAUUCCAUCUUGACUACUACCUUCCGGACAACCGAGUCGGUAUCACGCUGCAUUUCACCCUGCACGGUGUCCACCACUACCUGCCGAUGGACAAGUACCGGCUCGUCAUGCCGCCCACACUCUUCUUGGUGCUGGUUGCGCCAUUCUGGAAACUUGCACACUUCAUCUUCUACUGGAAUUGGUUCGUUGCCGUGGGUGUGUUCUCGGGCGGCAUGUUCGGCUACACGUGCUACGACAUGACACACUACUUCCUGCACCACCAGAAUCUGCCGCUCUGGUACAAGCAGCUCAAGAAAUACCACCUUGAGCACCACUUCCUCGACUACGAGAAUGGCUUCGGUGUUACCAGCAAGUUCUGGGACACUGUCUUCGGCACAGAGAUCAAGCCGGCACCGGUCAUGAAGACCAAAUAG